UCAAUAUACUGUGUAAAGCCCGUGCUGUGUGUAUCCAGUGUGGAGCAUACUAGAUGCUGUGGAGGCGUUCCCUAGUGCAGGAGCUAUUACUCAGGUUGUUUAUCACUGCUGGCCGACGUGCAAUGGCAACCCGCUGGGGAAUAUGCAGUGCAGGACACAUUAGUCAUGACUUCUCUGUUGCUUUACGGACUCUGAAUCCCGAACACCACGAGAUAGUGGCUGUCGCAGCGAGGGACCUGCAGCAUGCCAAAGAAUUUGCCAAAAAGCACAAUAUCCCUCGAGCCUAUGGAAGUUAUGAUGAGUUGGCAAAAGAUCAAGACAUCGAUGUGGUGUACAUCGGGACCAUCCAUCCUCACCACCUGGCUACUGGCAAGCUCUUCAUGAAGUCCAGAAAGAAUGUGCUGAUUGAGAAGCCUCUUGCCAUGAAUUCAAGGGAAGUGCAGGAACUCAUCACUACAGCUGAAGACAACAGUGUCUUUCUCAUGGAGGCAGUUUGGACACGUUUCUUUCCUGUAUCCCGAGAAGUGAGGAGACUGCUAGGCCAGGAUGAAGUGGGUGAUGUUCAGAUGGUGAGGGCUGAUCUGGGGGCUCAACUCACCCACAUCCCUCGCUUGGCUGAGAGGAAGCAGGGAGGGGGGGCACUGCUGGACCUGGGCAUCUACUGUCUGCAGUUUAUAUUCAUGGUUUUUAAUGGCGAGAGGCCCGAGUCCAUCCAAGCCACAGGGCAUUGCAUAGACACAGGUGUUGAUGGAACAGCAGUAUUGGUCCUAAAGUUCUCAGGAAACAGACUGGCCGUUUGCACUUGUUCUAUCACCAUGGCACUGACCUGUGAUGCGGUUAUCACUGGGACCAAAGGCACCAUUAAGGUACCUAACCACAUGUGGUGCCCCACAACCUUGGAAGUGAAUGGGAAGGAGAUGCAGUUCCCCCUCCCAGAGGCUGGCAUGCCACUAAACUUCACCAACAGCACAGGUCUACGGUAUGAAGCUGAGGAGGUGCGCCAAUGUCUGCUGAAAGGACUGAAGGAGAGUCCAGGGAUGCCGUGGGCUCACUCCAGCCUGAUAGCAGAAGUUAUAGAUGAGGCCAGAAGACAGCUGGGAGUGACAUAUGACCAGGACAACAUCUAGUGAUGUGUUUUCACUGAAGGCUAAGGAGCAGACUUGUACCUCAACAUGCAGAACGACAGAAUCUGAAUCGAGUUUGCGUUUGAAAUUCAGGUCACAUGGGAUCAUUGUAGAUGUUUCUGCGAAGCUUGGACUGUUUUGUGUUCAUGUGGUCCCAUGUGACGACGGUUAACCAUCAUGCACAUAGCAGGACCCCAAAACCAAAGCUGCUAAAUAACA